AUGGACGCCAACAUGAACGGUCUCCUCAAAUGGAGUAUCCAGAACUCCACCAACGCCUCCGACCCUAAUGCCUCCAACAACAACAACAACACCAGCACCGCUGUCACUGAUGCCGCCUCUCGCGGGAUCAACGCCGAGAUGAUCUCGACUCUGUUCGGCGGGCCCUCCGAUGCCGAUCUGAUGAAGGCCUCCAUGGAAGCCCUGCGCUCGGACGAGGUCGACCUGGAGAACAAGAUGAUCGCCUUCGACAAUUUCGAGCAGCUGCUUGAGAACAUCGACAAUGCCAACAACAUGGAGCCGCUGGGCUUGUGGACGCCGCUGGUCGAACUGCUCCGCCACGAGGAGGCUGAUAUGAGACGUAUGGCGGCAUGGUGUGUCGGUACGGCCGUGCAGAAUAACGAAAAGGCUCAGGAUAAGCUCGUUCUGUUGAACGCCCUGCCCACCCUCAUCUCGAAUGCCACCUCCGAUCCUAAUCCCGCCACCCGCAAGAAGUCCGUCUAUGCUAUCUCCUCCGCCGUUCGCAACUACCAACCCGCUAUGGACGAGGCCGUGAAGCACCUCCCUGAGGGAUAUCCUCGCGAAAAGGUUGAUGCCGGAGAUAUGGAGGCCGUGGAUGCGAUCAUGGACAAACUGAGAGCCCACCCGGUCGAGGCGUCGGCUUAA